GGUUAGUAGGCCUCUUCGAAAUACAGAACGUAAUGUAAUCCAAAAAUGUCUUUCUGGUUCCAAACGUGAAUGUACCCCAAAUAAAUUCUUAAGUUGGAGCGAAUCAUUAUCGCCAGGUUUGCCGCAGUAUUUGAAUUAUGGCGGAAGGAAGGCGCGUUAUGUCGAAAUGUAGUCCAGAAGUACGUAUUGGCAAUUACAUAAUUGGAGAGACUUUGGGGGUCGGAACUUUUGGAAAAGUCAAAGUUGGUAUACACAAAUCUACCGGAGUUCAAGUUGCUGUAAAGAUAGUCAAUCGAGAUAAAAUCAAAGCUCUUGAUGUUGCGGGGAAGUUACGUCGUGAGAUUCUCAAUCUAUGGCUUUUCCGGCAUCCACAUAUAAUUAAAUUAUACCAAGUUAUUAGUACUCCAACCGACAUAUUUAUGAUAAUGGAAUAUGUUAGUGGUGGGGAAUUGUUCGAUUUUAUUGUCAAGUCUGGCAGAUUGUCCGAGAAGGACGCUAGAAAGUUCUUCCAGCAAAUUAUAUCUGGUGUUGCUUAUUGUCAUCGUCACAAGGUGGUGCACAGGGAUUUGAAACCGGAGAAUCUGCUUCUUGACUCCAUCAAAAUGUGAAGAUUGCUGAUUUUGGUAACUUUCAGUGAAAUUCACUCAUAAUGAAGGAUCUCAGGUGUAAUGAGAAUACAAUUUGAUAAUGAUGGUCUGAAGACUAUUUCUUGAAUUACACAUCAAAGCAUUUCUGGGAAUAUUUUUCAGUUUAUUGACCCUUUUAGGCAAAAUAAUGCCUACAUGAUUCACUAUUAUUUAGGACUGUCGAAUAUGAUGCAAGAUGGUGAGUUCCUGCGCACUUCUUGUGGAUCCCCAAAUUAUGCCGCUCCGGAAGUAAUCUCGGGAAAAUUGUAUGCUGGUCCAGAGGUGGAUGUGUGGUCCUGUGGAGUGAUUUUAUAUGCCUUGCUGUGUGGCACACUUCCAUUUGAUGAUGAGCAUAUUCCAACGCUUUUCAAAAAGAUCAAAGCUGGCUAUUUCCAUCUUCCAGAGACUUUGAGUGCAGGGGUACGAGAUCUUCUUCGAAGGAUGAUCACUGUGGAUCCGAUCAAGCGUGCGACAAUAGAGGAAAUCAGACGACACCCUUGGUUUUCAGUAGACCUUCCAAGUCAUCUUUUUCCUCAAGAGCGAGAUGAAGAUGCAUCUAUAAUUGACAAGGAAGCUGUUUAUGAAGUUUGUCAGGCGUGUAAUGCAACGGAACGUGAAGUAUUUGCUGCUUUGUUAAACAAUGAUCCUAGCGACCAUUUGUCAGUUGCCUAUCAUCUUAUCAUAGACAACAAACGUUUCGGAUCCGUUUUAAAUCCAGAGGAAGUAAACAAUUUUUAUGUAGCUACUGGGAUAGAUUCACCUUCAGCUACAACUGCAAAUACACCCAGCAGUCCUACCGGAUCGUCGGCUAAUUCCCACUGUGCGUCAGCCACUCAGUCUUUGACUCCUAAUUAUGGUAAUUCUGUUGGCAUCACUGGAAUGAAGAAUCGACCUAUCUCUCCAACGAGACCUCAUCCUGAACGAAUGCCGGAUGGACCACCACUGUCUAGGACGUUGGACCCUAUGGGGGAUUCACCGCAGUCAUCUAGUUCAACUGGAACAUCUGAAAUGAGUUCAACAGGUCAAGUUUCUUCUCAAGCUCAGUCUGCGCUUGCUGCAGGAGCUGCCGCAGCAUCUGGAAUGAAACGUUUUAAGUGGCAUUUGGGUAUACGAUCUCAGUCUAGACCAUGGGAUAUCAUGCAUGAAGUAUUUAAAGCUAUGAAUUCACUUGGAUAUGAAUGGAAAGUUGUAAAUCCUUUCAAUGUACGCGUUAGAAAGUGGAAUCCAAUACUUCAGCACUAUUCAAGACUUGUAUUACAACUGUAUCAGGUGGAUGCCAGAUCAUACCUACUAGAUUUCAAGUGUAUCGAUGAGAGUCAGUUAGAAGCUGAAGCAGUUAUGGGGCGAAUUCGUUCAAAUAAUAUGUCUGUGUGCCUUGAUUCAUGUAGCGGAACUCCCCCAGCUGCUAUGGGCACAUCAACGUACAGUGCAGAUGGAAGUUUGUCAGGUAGCACAGGAUCUGCUAGCCCACUACCGACCUAUGCUUCAGAUGGUCUUAAUGCACCUGAACUCUCCCGAUCAUUUACAACAGCUUAUCAAGAAGUUCCAGUCAACAAGAGAACUAAACGCCAUCAAACAAUGGAGUUUUUUGAGAUGUGCACUGAACUCAUCACUACACUGGCUCGAUAACCUGCGCUCUAGAUACAUUAGUUUGGUACAGUUGAAAAAAACACGGUCGUUUAAUUCAAAGUCCAGUUAUUUUUUGUGUCUUAUCAUGCAUGCUGUUAGCUUGCUCGCUAUACAUACACAAUAUAAUCUCAGAUUUUCUUUCACCCAACUAAUCCUUUUUUCUAAGGAAUAGUUUGUUUUUACGUUUUUCUCGAAUAAUCGCUUACUGCGUGACGAAUGUAAUUUUGUUGUGUAUAUACGAUUCUGACUAUUCGCCAUUUGGUAGAUAAAUGACUAUUCGAUUACAUGUUAACUGGCACACGCUUAUACACAUCAUGUGUUUUUCAGCCCUUGAAUUUUUAUCUUCAGUACAUUCUUAUCUGACUUUUAAAUGAACAAGCAGAAGAGAUUUGAAUCUUUUUACCUUCUUAAUUUGUGUUUUAAAUGAACAAGUAUAUAUUUUGAUUUCUUAUUUGUGUUUUUAAAUGAACAUACGCGUAUAUAGAUACUUAUCUUGUUUCUACAUUGUUUUAAUAGGUGGAAAACAAUGGUGUGCAUUUUUUCCUUUACCUUUUUUAAAAUCUUGAUUUGGUUAAAUUCCAAGUGUGCAAAAAGUACAACAAUGAUUAUCAUUACUAUUACUACUACAACUGUUGUAAUAAACAAGUAGUACUAUAA